AUGAGCCCAAAGAACGACUCCGGUUUCAAGGUCGAGCCUUUCGACGGCUCGAAUUAUGGGUUGUGGAGUUACAAGAUGAAGAUGUACCUGAUGUCGAAGGGGCUGUGGGGCGCGAUCGCGGGCGAUGAGACAACAAGUGAGGCCAAGGAACAGCAAGCUCACGCCGCGAUCGUGCUGAAUCUGAGCGAUUCGCAGUUGAUGCAUGUCAUCGACUCGGCCACUGCAAGAGAAGCGUGGGGACGUUUGGCGCGAUUUCAUCACAGUCAUGACAUGGCGAAUCGACUUUGGCUGAAGGAAAAAUUCGCCUCGUUCAAGUAUGCAGCAUCAAGCAUGAGCGGUCAUGUGAUGGAGCUGGAGGACCUCGUGAUGAAGAUGAAGCGCGCGAACUGCGGUCCAAGCGAAGAGGACAUGUGCGCAGUACUGUUGCGGAGUCUACCUGCAAGCUUCGAGAGCUUGGUACAGGCAUUCCGCAUGUCCGUCGCAAGCUUCACUUUCAGUGACCUCGUGAGCAAGUUGAUCGCCGAAGAAGUGCGCCAGAAUGAGGCUGCACGGGUAGAAGAUGCAACGGCUCUCUACGCAGGCAAGAGGAAGGGUAAGCAGUACCCGAAGAAGCAACAAGGACGGCGCGCGAAGGGACCAUCAGGGACCUGCUACAACUGUGGCAAGGUCGGACACUACGCUAGAGAUUGUCGCUCCGGUCGAGGGCCAAGGGAGCAACAGCAUGACCAGCCGAAUGUCGCGUUUAAUGUCAGCGAAGGUUUCGCGAGCGACAGCUGGGUCAUGGACAGUGGCGCGUCAGCACACAUGUGCAAGGAUCGAGAUGCGUUCGAAGAGUACGAAGAAGUGCAUCACGCGCGAAGUAUUUCAAGCGCAAAGAGCGACGUGAAGCUGAAUGUCAUUGGACAUGGGACAGUGAAGCUGCGCGUCUGGACAGGGCAUGCGUGGAUCGACGCUCGCCUUGAGAACACACUUCACGUUCAAGAUUUGUCCAAGAACCUGUUUUCGCUCACGGCUGCGGCAGCGCGCGGCAUGACAGUGGAGAUAACGCGCAACGAGUGCGUGGUGAAGCGUGUUAGCACACCCGUCACAGCAGGAAGGAAGCAGGGGUUCCUCCUGUAUCUCAAUGCUGACUAUGGUACGGAGUGCCACAUGGCCGGAGACGAUACAGAGCUAUGGCAUAGAAGACUGGGUCGUAUGGUACGCUGA